AUGUCGUACCUCUACCCCAGACAGGACGCGCUGCUGUCGACCUUUGGCCACCCUCUGGCCCCAAAGCAGCCCAAGAAGGUAUCCUACCGGGGACGCCCGGAGCUCUACUCGGCCUACUCGGUCAUCGACGAUGCAAAGGACAAGGCCAACAAGCUGAGCGCCGAGGCCACCAAGGAGUUUGAGAAGGCCAGCGCGAAAGCCCAGGCCAAGACUGGCAAGAUCGAGCUGUUCUCGGGCCAGUACUAUGCCGCCUGCACCCUGGGAGGUCUGCUGGCUUGUGGCCUCACUCACACUGCUGUCACCCCCCUUGACUUGGUCAAAUGUCGCCGCCAGGUCGAUGCCAAGCUCUACAAGAGCAACAUGCAGGGAUGGGGUCUGAUUUACCGGGCUGAGGGCCUUCGUGGCAUCUUCACUGGCUGGGGCCCGACCCUGCUGGGUUACUCGGCCCAGGGUGCCUUCAAGUACGGAUGGUACGAGUACUUCAAGAAGACCUACUCGGAUAUGGCCGGCCCCGAGGCGGCUGCCAAGUACAAGACUGUGCUCUACCUGACCGCCUCUGCCUCGGCCGAGUUCCUGGCUGACAUCGCCCUCUGCCCCUUCGAGGCCGUCAAGGUCCGCAUGCAGACCACCAUCCCUGCGGCCUAUAGCGGCACCUUUGACGGCAUCAGCAAGAUCACCGCCGCCGAGGGCUGGGCCGGCCUGUACAAGGGCAUCUACCCCCUCUGGGGCCGCCAGAUCCCCUACACCAUGAUGAAGUUUGCCUCGUUUGAGACCAUUGUCGAGAUGAUCUACGACCGCCUCCCCGGACAGAAGAGCGACUACAGCAAGGGUGCCCAGAUUGGCGUCUCCUUCACUGGUGGUUACCUGGCCGGUAUUCUCUGCGCCAUCGUCUCCCAUCCCGCCGAUGUCAUGGUCAGCAAGCUCAACGCGUACCGCGAGCCCGGCGAGGCCUUCGGUGCCGUCGUCUCCCGGAUCUACAAGGACAUUGGCUUCGGCGGUCUCUGGAACGGUCUCGGCGUUCGUAUUGUCAUGAUCGGAACCCUCACCGGUCUGCAGUGGACGAUCUAUGACUACUUCAAGGUCUUCAUGGGUUUCCCGACGACUGGUGGUGCCGCGCCGCCCGCCAAGCAGUGA